AAUGGAAAACAGAAACCAGAAUUAUGAAUGGAAACGAAAAGCUAAAAACAUCAAUGAAAAAUUAACACGCGAGUUAAUAUCGUAAGCGAAUUGAAAGGCCAAUUGUAGUCUCCCUGAAACACCAGUCCACAAGAGACACAAAAAGACAAGGGACAUGCCACGGAAGUACAUUAAGAAGCCGCCCAAAUGCAAAGAUCCAAAGGUCAUCAAAAAAGCAGCGAAGGAGGUCAUCAAGAAGAAAUUAAGCUCCAAGGAAGCUGCUAGGAAAUACAAUGUGACAAAUGUCGCAGUCCACAGGUGCAUGAGAGCCCUCAGAGGACGCAAAGAAAGGACACCCUACUCCCAAGCCUCCUUAGAAGCUGCCAUCCGUGACAUGCAGGAAAAGAAUGCCUCGGUGGUAAAGGUGAGCAAGCGCUAUGGCAUCCCACGCAGCACACUCUCCAGCAAGCUCCAUUCACCAUGUCCACUCGCGAAGAAAAUGACAGGCAAGGGGACGGCACUAGUGCAGGAGGAAGAAGAGGCCAUCAAGACGUGGAUCCUGGAGAAGAGUGCCAGUGAGGAAUUGCUGUCAUGGGAGACCAUAGCCAGCACACUGCAGCAGAUCCUCAAUGAGCGAGGCCUCAACAUAUUUAAGAACAACAACAAGCCGACGUCGGGAUGGCUCCAGGCCUUCAUGCGGCGGCAUCCAGAGCUCAGAAAAGUUAGACUGGGACCCUGGAGCAUUGGCAUUGUUGCUACACCCACUACAGGAGGUCAGGAUGAAGAAGAAGAAUGCGAAGGGUGAAUUAAAGGUGGCCGAAGCAGCAGCAGUGACCAGUGUUCAGACGGCUUAAUGGGCCUUUCAGUGAAGAAUAUCUCUUAUUUUUGUAUUAAGGAUUUUGUGUUUAUAACCAUGUGACAGUAUGAAUGAUAUAUAUGUAUUUAUAAAUGUGCAUUUAAUUUACACAUGUUAAAGUAAGUUUUAUUAAAUAUUAAAAUAUCACUUUCAUUUCUGUAUUGAACAUUUAGUGAUUUUUACUCAUGUUUAAAAAAGGUGCAGAUGGUAAAACAAAUUGAAAUGGAUCGCAGCCACAUUUUUGUUUUCUUUUUGUUCAGUACAGGAUAGAAAAGGUUGACAGUUACAUAUGUAUCAUAUAAAAUAAUUUUUGUGAUUUGCAUUUGGAAUAUUGACCAGCAAAGGCAAGGCAUGAGCACAUUUUAUGUUUAAUUGAUAAUUUUAUAAAUAAUCUGAUGGUUCUCUAAAGGGAAUUUAAGUUUUUAUGUAAAAAAAGGAAAGUUUCCUUUAUUCUUUUAUUG